ACGGCACUGAAUUCUGUGCAUGCUUUCGUUUUCAUUUGCGAGGAUCUCAUUGCUAUGGUGGCUGACUGCACAUCUGGAGUAAUUCUCUCCUUCUGAUCAAACUCGACUGCUCGUCUUCGUGGCUGCGUGAUUACAAUCAACUCACCCAAAAUCUACUUCCCAACGUUUGCAUUUUUCAUCUGCUUUGCGUUGAGCUCCAGCGAAUUUUCAUAGCUGUGAAAGGGAAUCGAGCGAGCAAUUCGCAAUCGGAGAUGGACAACCUCGUGGAGACGGAUCCGUUUCCCUCUUCCUUACCAUUUCCGAUCGACGCCGACACGGUAUGGACCACCUGAGGAGUUGGAAGAAAUCAUAACUGCAAUAACAUCUUCAAUACGCUUCCAGUCUCUGUUAUGAGGAUGCAUUCAUAGAUGAGCUCUACUUUAGAACGAAGAACACGGAGGGGCGGCUGCCACCGGAUUCAGUGAUGAACGAAUUGAAUGAGUCAAGGACGGAACUCUACAGCCGUGUGCAAACGUUGAAGAAGGUUAGAACUGACAACUUCGCAUCUUUUAUUCCAGCUCUUUGUUGUCAGGAUUUGAAGGACUGGCGGGGAAUGCUGGACAAUCAAGUUAAGUCGUAUCGAGAGGAAAUUGGAGAUUUGAGGGAUUCUCUCAACUCAGAGGUGGAGCGACUAAAGACUGAAUUUAAGAAACUGAGGAGCACGCUGAAUGAUCAGGUGGAGAAAGCUUCAUCAAAGUUGGCAGAGCUUAAUGAAUCAGAGGAGAUGCCUUCACCAAAACUUAAAGCCGCAGAAACUUCUUUGUCAGAUAUCUCAAACGAAUAAAAGCUGGAAAAUACCCGCAACGAGAUGUACUUUUGGUUUUUGUCGAGACUCCAUUCCAUAACAGAGCCAGCUUGAAUUCGGUGCACUGUAAAAAUUAGUCAAUCAAGGACAAACUAUCCUGUCGUAUUCAAGGACCGAUGCGAGGAUUUCACGACCCACAACCUUGUCAAAAGUUCCCUUUUCUCUGAAGGAUGAGUUGGUUCUCCAUU